CUUUAAUUGCAAUAACCAAAAAUCAGUUGUGUUGGUGUGUGGCAAUGAUCAAGUUGACAUCACCACGCAAUGUUUCCAGGGAAACUCGUACCCUUUGUUCUGGGCUGUGUUAUUGUAACUGUUGUCAUAAAGCAGAGCGGCCCCAGAAUGACCUUUAAGGCCGGUGACUGCACAUACAACAAAACGACGUUCUCCAACUUCAGUAUCCAAAUAAUCAAGACAAAAGUCAUCAUGGAUAUGAUUUUGGUAACCACUCUGCGGCAGGGCCUGAAGGCGCACUUGAGCUUCGAGUUCCGCCUGACCAAGGGCAAACCCUACCAAAGUGUCUACCAACACGAUAUGAACUACUGUGCCUUGAUCAAGGGAUCUCAGGAGUCGAUCUAUCGGCGGUGGUUUACGUCCAUGCUGAAGGUGGGAAACUUCGCUACGAGCUGUCCCAUAAGGGAAGGUUACUAUUACUUGCAUGGCUGGACCCUGGAUGCGAACAAUGUGCCAUCCUUUCUCUACCUCGGUGACUACCGAAUCGGCGGAUCCUUCUACUACGGCAGGUUCAAGAAGCACAUCUACAGACCCCUACUGGAGUGCAGUGUUGAAGCGGUGUUGAACUAA